UGCAGUACCUUAUUGAACAUCACAACUUUGUAAAUAUGGAUGGAGACUCAUCCUUGGGAUUAAUAUGACCUGCUUAUGGAAGAUGGAGUCAGGGUUAGCAGGAUUGGUGACAUCUCGUCCAUCAAAUCACCAUCGUAAAGGACUUUGUUCUUUGUCUGUGAUGAUGUCAAUGGUGUGGCUUAGUGAAUUUGUCGAUAAGUUUGGAGAGAAACUGCCAACCAACAACAAAAUCCAUCUUCUUCAUGCCUUAUACAUGGAAAUGUGUAUCGGAUUAUGAAGGAGGAAGUAGAAGAGCAAGGAGGUUCUGUUUGUAGUCAGCAAUACUUCUUCCGCAAAUGGAGAAUGGAAAUGUCUCAUGUUACCAUUCCAAAGGUAGGUGAUUCUCGUGAACCGGUUUUUGAAAUGCGACAUAUGCACCAAACUGAAAUCUUGCCUAGAGAAGACAACUGGCAGAGAAGAGAGACAAACUUUACUGCAAGAAAGAGAGUCACACCUUUUCCAGCAAAAGUCCAUCUAGGUACUAAGCAGAAAAGGCCUCAACAUCCAUUAUUAAAACUGGGAGAUAUGGUUGCAGUCUACUUAGCAGAGUUCAGUAAUAAGUGGCCGCGAGUGAGCAAAGUGUUAGAAAUGACUGGAGACAGUGUGAAGCUGCAUUAGUACUCAGGAUCAGAAACGUCCACGUGGAUAUUGCCUACCACAUCAGUUCGAGGACAGAAGGGUCAGCCGUACACGGGAGAAGUCUCUCUUCAAGAAGUAAUAUCUUUCCCCUACAGUCUCACUAAAACAAACAAAUUACCAUAGGAUAUCCAGCGUCACGUGAAGAAUACUUUGCAUGUUAGGUCUGUAUGAACAUACACUGUAUUCAUACCAAUUUGGAAUGAGUUUGUUUGUCCAGGACUCAAAAGCUGUAUGUCUAUAUGGAAGCCACUUGAAUUAUGUAUUUUUGUGAUAUUACAAUGUACCUAUAUUUUUCCACAUUGGAUAUGGUGAUCAUUUCUAGGGUUUAUCUUCACAUGAGUUUGAUCACCUACAUGUAUCUACAUUAAGAAGAGAUAAAUGCACAAUGAUUGAUAGAGAGUUGGUACCUGAAGUAGGUAAUGAUUUAACCCUAAAUAGACUGGGCUAUUUCUAUGCCUAAGAAGACUGGGGGGGAGGGCUGAUUCAGCCCCCCU